AUGGCGGCCGAAGCACAAGUAGCUGCGAAUCCCCCUCCAGCUGAUGCUGUCGAUGACAACGCCAUGUCUACUCCCGAGAAAGCUGUGGUUGAAGGGGAGGCUGAGGCGGAGGCAGAGGUUGAUCCUGCGGCCGAAGCUAUUAUAAACCUCACAAUCGUCCUUCCCGAUCCCGAGGCUGAGCGAAUGCAAAUCAUGGUAUCAACCCAAGAGCAGGUCCACGAGAUCCGGCAAUCCAUCAUCGACUCUCCUGCGGCAUUCCAGUAUACAUGCUUCCACCUCGAGUUCCAGGGCCAGAAGGUCAAUGACUUCAUUCCCUUGGCCGAGAUCCCGGAGCUUGGCACGGAGCCGGAAUUUCGCUUGGUACCGGACCCAUAUACCGAGAAGGAGGCUCGCAUCCAUCUGGUGAGGAUUCGGGAGCUUAUUGGCGCCGCUGGCAACCGCUCCGAUGCCUCCCAGGGUAUCCUCCCCGGCCUGUCUCUUUAUGAGUCUGUGACCAAGAAGCUGUCGACCGAAACCGAGGGCAGUGAGGAGCAGUCUCUUACAAAGGACUAUGACUUCCAGGCCAUUCCUUCACUCACCAGCCUCGUCCCCGAGCCCAUUGACCCGGCGCCCAAGACAGUCAAGAUGGUGGCUCUCUCAUCGUGGAACCCCCCACCUUGCCAUCUGCAGCAGCGGGGCCAUCUGCUUUACAUCGUUGUCACCACCAACGAGGGCGAGCAGUUCCAGGUCACUGCGCACGUGUCUGGCUUCUUCGUCAACAAAUCCUCCAACGCCAAAUUUGACCCCUUCCCGCGACCCGCACCCAAGGGCCAAUCCGCCCACUCUCUUUUGAAGCUGAUUGAAUUGCUGUCGCCUUCCUUUUCUGACACUUUCAAGAACCUCCAGGAGUACAACGGCCAGAGAGAUCCCCUGGCCACCUUCCAAAUCACCAACGCAAUCCCCAACUCGCCUUGGGCUGUGCCACCUCCCAGCUCGGCUCUUUGCACACACUCUCCCGAUGUCACGAGACCCCAAGAAACAUAUCUACUCGCUGGUGUCGACAAUACCGACACGCUGCGUGACUGGAAUGAAGAAUUCCAGUCCGCAAAGGAGCUUCCCAAGGAGACCGUACAGGACCGAGUGUUUCGCGAGCGCCUGACUUCCAAGCUCUUCGCGGACUACAACGACGCUGCCGUCAAGGGCGCAGUCCUAAUUGCGCACGGAGACAUUGCGCCGCUGAACCCCACAGAGACCAAGGAUGCGCAGAUUUUUGUUUACAACAACAUUUUCUAUUCUUUUGGAGCUGAUGGCGUCGGCACCUUUACCUCGGAAGGCGGCGAUGAGGCUGCACGUGUCGCUACAGGAAAGGAUGUAGCUGGUGUGCAGAUGGUGAACCAAUUGGACAUUGACGGCCUCUUCACCCCGGCUACCGUGGUUGUCGACUAUCUUGGAAAGCGCAUUGUCGGCCAGAGCAUUGUUCCCGGCAUCUUCAAGCAGCGUGAACCCGGCGAGCACCAAAUCGACUACGGUGCGGUGGAUGGAAAGGAUGUUGUCGCUAUCAACGACCAGUUCACCGCUCCUUUCGCCCAACUCUCCAAGGCCCUGAAGGUUAAGCAGCACCCUGUUUGGGACAAGGACGGCAAGCGAUUCGAUCUUGAGGCAAGCGUGGAAACGAAGGGAUUGGUGGGUACAGACGGUCGUAAAUACGUUCUCGACCUCUACCGAAUCACACCUUUCGAUAUUGCUUGGCGAGAGGAAACUUCCACCGCGGAAGGCCAGACAGAGCCCUCAGAAUAUCCCCACAGGAUGACGGUCCUGCGACCUGAGUUGGUGGAUUCUUUCGGCCGCUAUCGUAUGAAGCAGUGGAUUGAUACCGAAUUGGCUCGUCGUGUCAAGCCCAAGGCAGAAGACGCUGAAGCCAAGGAGGAGGCCAAGGAGGAGGCCAAGGAAGAGGCCAAGGAAGAGGAGGCCAAGGAGGAGGAGGCCAAGGAGGAGGAGGCCAAGGAAGAGAAGGACGAAGCUGCAAAGACAGAUUCCAACGAGGCUGAACAGAACCAGCCCAACCUAGCAGAUUUCAAGUUCGGACUCAACCCCGACGCUUUCAGCGGCCAGGUUCCUCGCACCGAGGAAGAAAAGGCUGAGCUCGAGGCCGACGAGCAAGAAGUUAGGGCGGCAGGAGAAUACCUUCGCGACCGAGUCAUUCCUGAAUUCUUGCGCGAGCUCACUGAUUCCGACAUCAGCUUCCCUAUGGAUGGCCAGUCGCUUGGCCGUAUCCUGCACAAGCGAGGUAUCAACAUUAGAUACCUUGGAAAGAUCGCUUCGCUCGCUGUCAACGAUCGACUCCGCUGUCUGCGCGAAAUCUGUAUCCAGGAUAUGGUUUCUCGCGCCUUUAAGCACAUUUCUGCCAUCUACCUGCGCUCACUCCCCGUUAUUUUGGCGCCCUCUUGCAUUUCUCACCUCCUGAACUGCUUGCUUGGCCAUCAGCUCAACGCUAAGCCUGUCGCAGAUAUCGACCAGACUUUCCGCGAGUUAUAUCCUGAGGCUGAUUUCUCGUUCGAGACGGUCACUCCUGAGUCGCUUCGGGAACAGAUUGAACAGCAGGUCUCCAACCGCUUCCGCUACCAACUUGGUGCCAACUGGUUCAACGAAGUUCGUCCCGUACAGCUGCUUCGUGAUAUCUGCAUCAGAGCGGGUGUCCAGGUUCUAGCAAAGGACUACGUAUUCGACAGCGCCGCUGCCGGAGCCGCUGCUGGCCCUGCCCAGCCAGAGCAAGCCAAUGGCGAGACCAAGGCCGAGCCUAAGACCGAGACCAAGAGCAGCAAGAAGAAGAAGAAGACCAGAGAGAGCUCACCUACAGCUCCUGCAGCCCCCGAGGUCGUCUCUACUUUCACCCCUGACGAUAUUCAGAAGGUUGUGCCGGUUGUGAAGCACUCUUGCCCUCGAAGCUCGCUCGCCGAGGAGGCCCUCGAGGCCGGACGUAUCUCCAUCCUUCAGAACCAGAAGAAGCUUGGGCAGGAGCUGUUGCUGGAGUCACUGUCCCUCCACGAGCAGAUCUACGGUAUUCUCCACCCUGAAGUUGCGCGAGUCUACAACAGCCUGUCCAUGCUGUACUAUCAGCUUGACGAUAAGGAGGUCGCCGUGGAGUUGGCUAGGAAAGCCAUUAUUGUUUCGGAGCGCACUGGCGGCGUUGACUCCGCCGAGACGCUUCUCAACUACCUGAACCUCAGUCUCUUCUUGCACCAGGUCGGAGACAGCAAAUCAGCGCUGGCCUAUUCCAUCCACGCGCUGAAGCUGUGGAAGAUUAUCUACGGACCUGGCCACCCAGACUCGAUCACCACGAUCAACAACGCGGCCGUGAUGCUGCAGGGUGUCAAGGCUUACCACGAGUCUCGACUCUGGUUCGAAGAGUCGCUGCGUGUUUGCGACUCCGUCUUUACCAGACAGUCCAUCAACUCCGCCACUCUGCUAUUCCAGUUGGCUCAAGCCCUCGCGCUUGACCACGACUCAAAGGCGGCUGUCAACCGGAUGCGUGAAUCCUACAACAUCUUCCUUGCCGAGCUGGGUCCAGAGGACAAGAACACCAAGGAGGCUGAAAGCUGGCUGGAACAGCUGACCCAGAACGCCGUGUCGAUUGCCAAGCAUGCCAAAGACGUGCAGGCCAGACGUAUUCGUUCCGGUCUCCGGUUCCCAGCGCAGACUGCGCAGGCCGUGGGCGCAGCGCCGCAGCGUGGAGCCCCCCAGAUGGACUCUCGCAGCAUUGACGAACUCAUGAAAUUCAUUGAGGGCGCAGACUCCAAGACCAGCUCCAAGAAGCGACCUGGACGCGGAAACCCCAAGCGACGAGGAGCGGCCAAAUAA